AAAGACUGCAAAACAAGGGGUCAAGAGCCAUGCUAUGCCGCCGAAAUGGCCGAGUCCUCCAAGUGCAACGUAUCAUGAUUCCAAUUCCUUAUCUUCGUCUAUCCAACUGCUUAGGGUGCAGCGAGGAACACGCGCAGACACAGCUUGUCAAGAGGGCUGCCGUCGGUUCGGACGAUACAAUGCUCCGAAUGCAGCUUCCCGCUCGUCUGAUGAAAUCUAUCUCCUCUCUUCCCUCCUCAUCGCCCGCCACCUCCGCCACCACUGCCUCUACCUUAAAGGAAAUCGCCGCCAACCGCAAAGGUUUGGCGAAAGUGGUUUUGAAGAAAGGAAAGACACAAAUCUUUCGAGAUGGAAGUCCAAUGGUCUAUAGUGGUGCAGUUGAUAGAAUAAUUGGUAGACCACCUCCUAAAACUGGUGAUAUUGUGCUGGUGGCAGAUGGGUCAGAAAAGCCCAUUGGAUGGGGUUUAUACAACUCAGUUUCAAUGUUUUGUGUUAGGCUUAUGCAGCUAGAAGAAGAUGCAACAAGGGAUCCUUUUUGUGCACUAAACAUGGAAAAACUGCUUGAAACAAGAUUUGAUGCUGCUGUAGAUUUACGUCAAAGUAUGGGACUUCCCUCAGCUGAUACGAAUGUAUAUCGUCUUGUUAAUAGUGAAGGGGAUAGGUUGUCAGGUCUAAUCGUGGAUGUUUUUUGUGAUGUCGCUGUAGUAGCUUCAUCUGCUGCUUGGGUAGAGAAAUAUAAACAAGAAAUUGAAUUUCUUGUUGGUAAAAUUUGUGGUAUAAAUCAUAUAAAGUGGAGACCAUCAAUUGAUCUUUUAAAAGAAGAAGGACUGGAUAUACCAGAGCAAAGAUAUUCUGGUCCAGCUCCAUGCUCUGGAAAAGUGAAGGUAAUGGAGAAUGGAAUUUGUUACUUGAUCUCAUUGGAGGGUCAAAAAACUGGGUUUUAUGCAGAUCAACGUGACAACCGUCACCUUAUCUCGUCAAUCUCAAAAGAUAGAAGAGUUCUUGAUGUUUGUUGUUAUAGUGGAGGUUUUGCUCUGAAUGCAGCACGGGGUGGUGCUAAUGAUGUCAUUGGCAUCGAUUCUUCACUGCCUUCUUUGGAGCUUGCCAAAGAAAAUAUCCUUCUUAACAAUCUGGACCCUGGGAAAAUUUCAUUUCUAAGAGAAGAUGCAACAGACUUUAUGCAAGGGGCUGCAUCCAGAAAUGAAACUUGGGAUUUAGUAAUUUUGGAUCCACCAAAAUUAGCUCCUCGAAGAAAGGUGCUACAUAGUGCAUCUGGUAUGUAUAGAAAUUUAAACGCACUGGCAAUGCAAAUUACAAGCACAGGUGGUCUACUCAUGACAUGUUCAUGUUCAGGAGCUAUGACUCAAAGUGGACUGUUUCUGCGAAUCCUUCAGGGUGCUGCAUCAAUGGCUGGCAGGAAAAUCACAAUUUUACGUCAAGCUGGGGCAGCAUGUGAUCAUCCCAUUGACCCUGCAUACCCAGAAGGUGCAUACCUUACCAAUUUCUUGCUCAGAGUACUCUGAAGAUGCAUUGUGACCAUGAAUAUGCAGAGCAAUUAAUCGAUUUCUUUCCAUUUUACCAUGUAAUGACUAACCGCACGCCUUCACCCUGUGAGUGGAAUCAGCAGGUUAGCUCCUCAGAAGCUUAUAGAAAAUUGCAGUUUAGGUGGUAAGGAAAUUUUGUAUGCACCCUUGGUAAAUUAUGGAUACACUUUUAUUUGUCAGUGUCUUCACAAA